AACCAUUUCCUCACUGAUUUGAUAUCCGUAAAGUGGAAACCAAAACCCAUUCAAGAUGAUGAUUGGAAAUCCGACGAUCCGAAUGCAUCCGACGAUUCAAGUUUCUCAGUGGGACUGGGACCCAUAUGAAGACCCGACGCCUGGAAUGGCGUCACCAUUCUCCCCAACUAGCCCCUCCGUCAACUUUAAUGGCAAUGCCGGUGGCGGAGACUACUCCCUUCUCCUAGACUCAUUAACGGCCCUCCACCGUUACCUGCCGUCGAACCAGUCGGACUCAGUGAGCGACGAGUCCGAGGUUCUCGUGGACGCGUUCUCAUGCGACGAUUUCCGCAUGUACGAGUUCAAGGUCCGGAGGUGCGCACGUGCGAGGUCGCACGACUGGACGGAGUGUCCGUACGCUCAUCCGGGCGAGAAGGCUCGCCGGAGGGACCCACGCAAGUACCACUACUCCGGCACGGCCUGCCCCGAUUUCCGACGAGGGAGUUGCAGGAAGGGGGACUCGUGCGAGUUUGCUCACGGAGUCUUCGAGUGCUGGCUCCACCCGGCUCGAUACCGGACUCAGCCAUGCAAGGACGGCCCGAGUUGUCGCCGCCGAGUCUGCUUUUUCGCUCACACGCCGGAGCAACUCCGGGUCCUGCCCCAGCAGAGUCCGAGGGCUCAUGGGUCGGGCGAGUCAUUUGACGGGUCACCGAUUCGUCAUGGCUUUGAUUCGUAUUUGACCGAGGGCUCCUUUGUUUCGUCCCCCACUUCGAUCCUGACGUCGCCGCCUCUUUCUCCUCCGUCUGACUCGCCGCCCUUGUCGCCAAGUGGGAGUAAACACGGUGGCGGAUCGUCGAACUCGGCGAGUGAACUCGUUGCCUCGAUGCGAAACAUUCAACUUGGGAAGAUGAGAAUCAGCCCUCCUCAGUGGGGUGUCCAAAUGGGAUCUGGGUUUGGCACGGCCCGUGGGUCGAAUCUCCGGGCCGGUUUAUUUAGCCUGCCUUCUACUCCAACUCGUACCCCGACUCUGUCCGGACUCGGAAAAUUCGAGCAGUGGGAUCAGAAAUUCGUGGAGGAGCCUGCAAUGGAGAGGGUGGAGUCUGGGAGGGACCUGCGGGCCCAGAUGUAUGCCAAACUCAGUAAGGAGAACUCGCUGGGGCGAGUCGACUCGGCCGUUUCAGCUCCUGAUGUCGGGUGGGUCUCGGAGCUGGUCAAGUGAAACGGUUCCUAUUUUGAUUUAUUUCUUUUUGCUAAUCGGUGGCCUUCGAUUCUUCUGACUUUGUGUAAAUAUCAUGUUGAUUUUGGACACUGUAAAUGGUAGAUGGGAAGGAAGAGAGAUCCGAAUCUCUGUUUUUGUGCUUCUCUUUGUACUCUUCGGAGACAAGAAAAUAUUGUAACUUUUUGUAUAGACUAAGAAGGAUUUCUCAGGGCUGCCGAAGAAUGGGGUAGCGGAUGGUGCUUGGUUUGAUCAAUUUGUCCAUGAUUUGUAUUAAACUUUCUGGUUUCUGUUUGAUUUACUCUCGGAUUAUUCUUAAUCUUUGUAACUUCCUUUCAUUUUAUUGUUUCAGUUUAUUGCCAAUUAAUGUUAUGUACUGGUACAUUUCAUAUUAUCUUCA